UAAAAUGAUCGGAAUUGUGUUCGUGUUACAGUGAAACUGAAACCGAGGAUGCAAAACGACGUCGUCUACUCCACCGCCUCAGGCCGCUUCGGAACCUCCGCAAUGUCACCACCGCAGCCUCAAAGCUACAGCGCCGGUUACGAUGCCGUCUUCUCCUCCUCAAUCUUCGGUCCGAAGCUUUCUCCCGUCGCACCUUACGGCGACGAAUCAGACUCCGACACGUUACAGGCCUACCGCAACAAGCUCUACCAGUCUCUGCUGGUCCAGAACCGCCAGGAGAUGGUCAAUCGCCACAGCCUCUGCCUGAAGCGCCUCCACGAGGCGGCGGAGGAGGCCGACGCGCUCCGCCUCGAGAACAGCCACCUCCACAACGUCAACGCCGAGCUGAACAAGCAGCUCAGCCUCCUCAUCCAAGCCUCCAUCCGAAAAGAGAUCGAAGCUUCUACGAGCGCUGUAAUGCAGAGGUCGCCGUUUGGAAUCGUCAACAGGAUUCGCGCCCUGUCAAUUGACGGCAAGUCGUCGACUCAUGAGGAAGAAGACUUCAGCGAUCAGAGUCCGAUGAGUGACGUCAUGGAUAAUGAAGAGGCGGAGAAUGUUAAUGUGGAGAGGACUGCGCUGCCGAAGAGCAUAUCGGUGAGGUCCAGCGGCUACGUGAAGCUUCCUCCGGUGACCGCUGCUACUAACGCCGCCGCUCGGACUCGCACCGCGGCCAGAUCUCGAAUCGCCAAGGCGGCAAGUGCUUCACAAAAGGUGUACGUUCCAGGAAUGAAGAAAGAGGAGGUGCCACUUGAACUGGAGGUGUUCAACCAGGGCAUGCUAAAGACUGAACUCUGCAACAAAUGGCAGGAGUCUGGUGACUGCCCUUACAAGGACCACUGCCAAUACGCUCACGGAGUUGAGGAGCUGCGCCCUGUGAUUCGCCACCCACGCUACAAGACUGAGGUCUGCAGAAUGGUGCUAGCUGGUGAUGUCUGUCCAUAUGGCCAUCGCUGCCAUUUCCGCCACGCACUUACUGAGGAGGAGAAACAGCUUGCCGGUGGUAACAUUAAACUCAGCAGGCCAAUCAGGUAAAAUAUGAUGGAAGACAGUAAGUGAUAAAGAGAGAGAGACAGCAAGGGUUGAGCACAGUAUUGAUGUUUAUAUUGCAUGCCCUCAGUAUAUAAUGCCUAGUUAUAUGUUGGUAAGUGUAAGUAUGGAAAUGCAUAACAUGGUAGGAAUAAUUACCAGGCGGCAGAAGCGCAGCAGAUGGACAAGAGAUGAGGUUCCCAGAGAUCUGCCUCUUGUUUCUUUUGUAUGUGAUGAAUUUUCAUAGGUAUAUGAGAUGUUAAUAUGGCGAUCAAACCAUACUACCAACCAUGAAGAAACUUUCUAUGGUUGACAUGUUAAUAUGUUUUCGGUUUGG